CACAGCCGUUGCUUCUGUCAUCAGUGACUCUCACCGCCCUCAAUCAACGGUCGAGUCGAUCUCUUGCAACCUCUGACUUCUUCCCUGUGUAUAUAAAUAUAUUCCGCGGCCUCUCACUUCCCACAUCAGUCGCUCUCGACUCUCCCACUGUCCGACCUAGUUCGCUUGGAAUGCCAGCUGAGAGAUCAGAAGGCCGAGCGUUUUGAAUUGGAAAAUUGACUCUGAACUGAGAAUAUUGUCCUUAUUCUUAUUCUUCGUCUUCUUGAUAUUUAUCAUUGUGAAUUGGAUUGGCUUAUACUACUACUACGUACUGCUGCUAUGGUAGUGGACGGUUUCUUCGGGAAAUUGGGGAUGGUGACGACCUCCGAUCACGCGUCGGUGGUCUCCAUGAAUCUCUUCGUCGCGCUUCUCUGCGCUUGCAUCCUCAUUGGCCACUUGUUGGAGGAGAAUCGCUGGAUGAACGAGUCCAUUACUGCUCUUGCUAUUGGUUUGUGUACCGGAAUUGUUAUACUGCUCACUACCGGAGGAAAAAGCUCGCAUUUGCUAGUAUUUAGUGAAGAUCUUUUCUUUAUUUAUCUUCUUCCGCCGAUCAUUUUCAAUGCCGGGUUCCAGGUGAAGAAGAAGCAAUUUUUUCGCAACUUCAUGACAAUAAUGCUGUUUGGUGCAGUUGGUACUCUGAUAUCCUUUGCCAUCAUAUCAUUAGGUGCUAUACACUUUUUCCAGAAAAUGAAUAUCGGUCCCCUCAAGAUAGGAGAUUUUCUCGCAAUUGGAGCGAUAUUUUCUGCAACAGAUUCUGUUUGCACCUUGCAGGUGCUCAAUCAGGACGAGACACCUUUGCUAUACAGCCUCGUUUUCGGAGAAGGCGUAGUAAAUGAUGCCACAUCAGUGGUGCUUUUCAAUGCAAUCCAGAGCUUUGACCUGUCUCACUUCAACUCAAGCAUUGCUUUGCAGUUUAUUGGAAACUUUUUGUAUUUAUUUAUCACAAGCACCAUGCUGGGAUUUUUAGCUGGACUGCUUAGUGCAUACAUGAUUAAAAAGCUCUAUUUUGGCAGGCACUCUACAGAUCGUGAGGUUGCUCUUAUGAUACUCAUGGCUUACCUUUCAUAUAUGCUAGCUGAACUAUUUUAUUUAAGUGCAAUUCUCACCGUAUUCUUUUGUGGAAUUGUUAUGUCUCACUACACAUGGCAUAACGUGACUGAAAGUUCAAGAGUGACUACGAAGCAUGCUUUUGCCACGUUGUCAUUUGUUGCUGAGAUCUUUAUAUUCCUUUAUGUUGGCAUGGAUGCCUUGGAUAUUGAGAAGUGGAGAGUUGUAAGCGAUAGCCCUGGAAAAUCUGUUGGGGUGAGUUCAAUUCUGCUGGGACUGAUUUUGGUUGGAAGAGCGGCCUUCGUUUUCCCCUUAUCCUUCUUAUCCAACUUGACAAAGAAUUCUCCAUAUGAGAAAGUCACCUUAAAGCAACAAGUAACAAUUUGGUGGGCUGGUCUUAUGCGUGGUGCUGUUUCUAUGGCACUUGCUUAUAAUCAGUUUACUCGGUUAGGCCAUACUCACUUGCAUGGGAAUGCAAUCAUGAUCACGAGUACCAUUACAGUUGUUCUUUUCAGCACAGUGGUGUUUGGAUUGAUGACUAAACCACUAGUGAGGAUCUUGCUUCCUCAAUCAAAACUCGGCACAAGCAUGACGUCAUCGGAACCAUCUUCUCCUAAAUCCUUCACUGUGCCACUUCUAAGCAAUGGACAUGAUUCGGAGGCUGACAAGGGCAGCCAACACGUGGGCCGCCCAACCAGUUUACGAAUGCUUCUGAGCACUCCUUCUCACACUGUCCACCAUUAUUGGCGAAAAUUUGAUGAUGCCUUCAUGCGACCUGUUUUUGGCGGCCGGGGUUUUGUACCCUUUGUUCCUGGCUCCCCAACUGAACAAGAAGUUCUUCAAUGGCCCAGGCCUUGAGAAAUGAGAAGGGAAUUCCAACUGAAAAGAUAUGAAAAGCACUAAUUUCUGAAACAGAUAGGUAGGGAAUGAAAUUCAGCAAAAACAAAAUGGUACGUAGGGCGUUGACGAAUGGGCUUUCUGUGUGCGAGUUGUUAAUAUUGGAGAUUUCAUAGUGGGCGGCAACAGCAUUUUCAUUCAGCUUGCAUGGGCUGCUUGUGAUUUGAUUUUCGUGUGGUGAUUCAAAAUUUUCGUGUCUAAAUAGGUUGUCAGUGAGGUUGUGUCGUUGCUUGGCCCAAAAAAAGGUGGCGUCCUUGACAGUAUAUAGGUUUGCAAGUUUUUUCUGAUUGUUUUACAUAUAUAUUUACUGAUUGUAUACCCAAAGUGUAAGAGAAAGUCUCAAAAAAAAAAAAGUGUAAGAGAAAGUGAAAAUUUUGAUAUCUUCCUUUUAUUUUUUUCAUGGCUAUGUAAUGUAAUUCUGCUGUAAAAAAAUGAAGAAGAGUGAAUCUCUGGAGCAUGCUAGUGGAGCUCUCAAAAA